GUUCUGCAUGGAGCACUGGGUGUUAUGCACAAACAAUGAGUCAUGGAACACUACAUCAAAAACUGAUGAUCUGAUGUAUGGUGAUUAACGUAACAAUAAAGAAAUUUUUAAAAAUGUGUCCAGAAUUUGAUUCCUUGCUCAUCCAGUUACCACCCUGAUCUUGUUUCACCGGGCUUAUGGCCUCAGCCUUCUAACCGGCUCUAGUGCCCCUUCUCUCCUUCUGCUCCCCCGGCAGUCCAUUCUCUACACAGAGGGAUUUUCGUUAAGGGAUGAUUCAAAUCACGCCACCCCUCAGCUCUAAACCCCCCAGUGGCUCCCAGCUCCAAUGAAAAGCUAGUCUAUCAAGGUCAUACAAGGUGUCCUUUGACUCAAUCUUCCCUCCCUCACUGCAGCUCAGGGGCCCCCAAGACCGCCUUCGGUUUCAACGAUUCGCUAGAAGGAACCACUGGAAAGCUGUUAUGCUCAGGGUUACAGAUGAUCAUAGCCAAAGGAUACAGAUGAAAAUCAGCCAAGGGAAGAGGCUCGUAGGCAGCGUCCAGACCAGGUGCGAGCUUCCAGUUGUCCUCUCCCAGUGGAGUCACACGGACAGCGCUCACCGCGUCCACCAACAAUGUGUGACGAUAUGCACAGAGGACUGCCCGCUGGGGAAGUUCAGUCCAGCCUUGGCGUCCUGGGGUUUCACUGUCCAGGGUCCGAGGCAGUUUUGUAGGCAUGGAUAAAUCACAUGGCUGACCUCAGCUACUCAGUCUUUGGCCCCACCAGGGGUCAUCCUGACACGGCGUGGCCCAGGGCCCCCGCCAUAAACCACACAGACAGGACACACCAUCUAGUGUGGCUCAAGGACCCCAGGUGUUCAAAGACACUUAUCGGGCAGGACAUGCCAAGGAUUUAGAAGUUACCUCUGGGGGCGCCUGGGUGGCUCAGUUGGUUAAGCAACUGCCUUCGGCUCAGGUCAUGAUCCUGGAGUCCCGGGAUCGAGUCCUGCAUAGGGGUCCCUGCUCGGCGAGGGGCCUGCUUCUCCCUCUAACCCUCCCCGCUCUCAUGUACUCUCUCUCUCUCUCUCUCUCUCAUUCUCACUCUCUCAAAAUAAAUAAAUAAAAUCUUUAAAAAAAAGAAGAAGUUACUUCUCAGGGGACAGGCCACUCUAGUCCUUUGUCAAGGUUAAUGCUUGGCUUCUCACUUACCCUGCUCUGAGCCUUGCCGGCCACCAUACUGGCACAGGUGUGGGCCCCCUCUCCCCCCGCCCCGCCGGACGGCUACCUUCUAAAUGUCUGUCAGGUUUUUGCCCCAAAGUUACCUUUUUCACCGGGAUGCCGCUGACUACCUUAUCUGAAAUCACAACGCACUUUCUCUCCCACUUGUUUGUUUUGCUUUUAAAGAUUUUAUUUUUAAGUAAUCCCUACACCCAUCGUGGGGUUCGAACUCACGAUCCUGAGAUCAAGAGUUGCAUACUCCACCGACUGAGCCAGCCAGGCGCCCCUCAGCUCACUAUUCUUAGCUGAUAGUUUCCACCUAACGUUCUUUAUUUUUUUUUACACCAGAGUGGAUACAUGAAGCUACAUUCUACUAGACAACAAUUAGACUAAAAGAUUUAGUACAUUUUUAUCAUCAUGAUAGACUGCGUUAAAUUUUAUUAACAGAGUAGGCCUCAGUAGAAUUGAGGGUGCCUUCCAUAAUAACUGGUUAUAAGCAGCAUUUGGGUCUUUACUAUAGUGUGCAUAGUGUAGGUUCGGCGGGGGUGAGGGACUCAUGUGCUUUGCACACCAAUAUUCCCUCAGGGUGUGGCAUAGUGCCUGACCUAUAAGAAGUGCUGGUGGAAUCAAAGAUUUCCAGGGGCACCUGGGUGGCUCAGUCGGUUAAGGGUCGGACUCUUGAUUUUGGCUCAGGUCAUGAUCUCAGGGUGGUGGGAUGGAGACCUGCAUUGGGCUCUGGGCUGAACAUGAAGCCUGCUUGGGAUUCUCUCUCCCUCUCCUUCCCUGCUCGUGCUCUCUCUGGAGAUAAGGAUGGGGUAGCGAUGGCAGACGGGCUCUGUGCUCUGGCACUCCCUUGACCACACACCCAUAGCCCAGAUUCCUGAAGCCCGUCUGCUGCUCUUCACUAGACCUACACGCACCACCAUUUUUGUGUUGGUGCCCCUGCUGCUUAUGGCCUGAAUCUGCCCCCGGGAGCCUGUCCUCGUGAGCAUGUUCUCAGGAGUGGCCAGUUACCUCGGUGGUGAGGGUCUGGGUGAGAGAUGGGGGCCGGCAAACUAAGUCUCCAAUAACGGAAGAGGCCCCGGCCUCUUGAGUCACUCUGGGUCUCCCCUUCACCGGCUGUGGUGGGACUGCUGGCUCAGGUCAUCUUCGUGACAGAGGCCUUCUUCCAGGCCAUUCCCCGAUGCACAGAGGUCAUGUGUGCCUGUGCCUUCCACCUGGGCUGUGGCACUUUCACACCUUCACCUGACACCUGCUCAUCCCGAUCCCUGUGUGGGAAGAGGAUGGGACGGUCCUGCGGGCUGCCCCUGCCCCUCAGGCACCCUGAUCUUGGCAAUGAAGCCCAACACACGGGAGGCCCUGCUCAAGGCAGAGUUGUCUGUGAACUUUUAUCAGAGGAGGAUGUGGACGUGUCUUGCUCUCCACAAACUUCCAGAAUUGUGAUCCACCGUUUGCUUGCCUUGGGGAUAAGCUCCAUGCAGGGAUCCCGGAGUCUGAGCCCCUGCCUGCCUGCCUCCUCCUCAGGACUCGAGUCCAGGCAUCCAGCCCACUUUUCCUUCAGCCGCAAGCAUCCUGGCCUCCAGCCUCCUCCUUCCACGGAGACGCUAGAAUUGGGGCCUCCCUCUUCCAGAAUGGUAGGUUGCGGAACCCAGAGGAAAGCAUGACACAAUCCCCAACUGUCCCCUUUGGCCACAUCCCCCCGUUUAACUCACACCCUGGUCUCAUCUGUCACCUCCCACCGUGAGGCCCCCAAGCCUCUCUCACACCUCUUCCAGGAAGUCUCCUCUGAUGUUGAGGGUUCCGAGGGUGGGAGGUAUAGAACCUAAAACAGAGGCAAGUUCUGAACCACCACCCAAACCACUGAUGGUGUGACACCCUCCCCACCACACACUGUGUGGACCUCUCUGGGGGGAGGACGUUGUCGGGGCAACCAGGAAGGGAGGGUGUAGGGCAAGAUGCAUCUACCCGGAACUGCGUGAAACCAAACCGGCCUGGUUUUAAAGUCUUAAAGGCUUCUCUUUCUUGAGCUCAGAGGACCCAAGAGUCCAGAUCACCAGUCUCUUCAUCCCCAGGACGCAGACACCCAGUCCUCACCUCCAUGGAGCUCUGCCGGUCCUUGGCCCUACUCACUGGCUCCCUGGGCCUGGUGUCCAUCCUGAUUGCUCUGAGCACGGAUUUCUGGUUCGUGGCUGCGGGGCCCAGCUUUUCAUUACACUCGGGGCUCUGGCCAAAGUUUGGCACCGAAGUACCAGGCUACAUCCACGUGACGCAGAGCCUCAGCAUUCUGGCCACCCUGUGGGGACUGUUGUCGGUGAUCUUCCUGAUCAUGUCCUGCAUCCCCUCACUGUCCAUUCGAGGCCACCCGUUCCUCGCCUCUUCUAUCAUGGCUUUCGCUGCAGGUAGACUCUGGGCUGCCCUUGGGCUCUGGGGACCUGUGAGUUCCCUCAGAGGGGCUGAGCCCUCUCUCUUGUCUUCAUCCCCAGCCAUUUCUGCAGUGGUGGCCAUGGUGGUCUACACCAGCGAGCGGUGGAACCAGCCUCAGCACCCCCAGAUCCAGACCUUCUUCUCCUGGUCCUUCUACUUGGGCUGGGUUUCAGCUGUUCUCUUGCUCUGUACAGGUAGCCUGAGUCUGGCUGCUCACUGUGGUCGCCCCCGGCCUGGCUAUGACACCUUGUGAGCCGGAGGCGAGACAGGCAGGAGGAAGCACUACCGCGGAAGCUCUCAUCAGGAGCCGCAGGCCCCCACGGUCCUCCCUCUAG